AUGCCUGGCCAGACCACAGCACGAAGGGGACACCAGGCAGAAGGGCAGGCGGAGCUGUGGACAAUUCUCUGGUACCGCCUGCGGGAGGACCUGGCGGGCGACGUCAUGUCCGGGCUGGUCAUUGGCAUCAUCCUGGUGCCCCAGGCCAUCGCCUACUCGCUGCUGGCCGGGCUGCAGCCUGUCUACAGCCUCUACACGUCCUUCUUCGCCAACCUCAUCUACUUCCUCAUGGGCACCUCCCGCCACGUCUCUGUGGGCAUCUUCAGCCUGCUCUGCCUCAUGGUGGGGCAGGUGGUGGACCGGGAGCUCCUGCUGGCUGGUUUCGACCCUGCCCAGGACAGCGCCGGGCCCGGGGACAACGGCAGCGCCCUCAACGCNGCACCCGGGCUGCGGGACUGCGGGCGCGACUGCUAUGCCAUCCGCGUGGCCACUGCCCUCACGCUGAUGGCUGGGAUUUACCAGGUCCUCCUGGGCGUCCUGCGCCUGGGCUUCUUGUCCGCCUACCUCUCGCAGCCACUGCUUGACGGCUUCGCCACGGGGGCCUCGGUGACCAUCCUGACAUCCCAACUGAGGCACCUGCUGGGGGUGCGGGUGCCCCGGCACCAGGGGCUGGCGGAGGCGGCACCGCCCAUACCCAGUCCCAGCGGUGCCCACGCUGAAGCCCUCACAGCACCACCCUCACCACCCAUCACCCGGACCGACUCCUCUCGGGCACGCUCCCCCAACACACACCCAAGUGUCCCUGACACCUGGGCCCUGGUGUAA